AUGAUUGAAUCAUUGCCCACGCUCAGUUGGGCCCGCGGGGCCAUCGCCCUCCUUUCCACCAUGGUCCUAGUGCUAUAUUGGUACAUUCGCCUUCCAAGCGAUAUGCCGAGAAAUAUUCCCAAAGUCCCAAUUUAUAUAUCCCUCAUAGGGCUAUGGAGCGACAUGGGCCAAGACGCAAUCUUCGAUCGCUGGCUGCGCGGGCCAUUGGAAAAGCACGGCGCCGUCACAAUCUGGUUCGCGGGUCGCUGGAAUGUACUGGCUACUCGACCGGAUCUUCUGGUGGACAUGUUCCGGCACGAAGACGUCUAUGCGAAAGCAGGCAGCCAGAAGAAGAUUCCAUGGAGUGUCAUUGCGGCGUGUGUUGGAGACAAUAUCAUCAAUGCCCACGGCUAUAAUUGGCGGCUGUUUACCUCUAUCAUGAAGCCGGGCUUGCAGCGACGGAUCCCGGAUUCGGGGCCUCUGCUGCAGAAGUCGAGGCUUUUUGUUGAUCUCUUGCUGAAAGACCAGAACAGGCUUGGGAACUCGAAUGGUGUCUCUGUAAACCCCGUGAUCCAGCGUUGGGCGCUAAGCUGUAUGGGCCUGCACUUCAUGGGCGUUGAUCUACAGUGCCUCGAAAAGCCCGGGCAGCGAAUAGAACAGCUCCAGACGAUUAUCAAGAAGACGCUCUUCAAGCCUCUCUUCUUCAACUUCCCAGACCUAGACCGAUACCCGUACAUCUUCCGCCAGCGCAAAGUGGCUUUCAAUAUAAUGCAGGAGUUUGGCGACCUCUUGGUGGAUACAGUCACGAAGAGACCCGCCGCCCAAUUUGACGCCAACAACACCGAGCAAGUCGUCGAUCUCCUCGAUCAGGCAUUCAAGGAAGGCAAAAUCACCGAAGCGCAAUACCGCAACAACCUCAAAGUGACCUUCCUCACAGCCCACGAGAACGCCCAACAGCUCCUCAACUCCGCCUUCUGGGAACUGGGCAACAACAAAGCCGCACAAGAGAAGCUCCGCGCCGAGAUCCUGGCCAUGAAUACUACUAACCCAACCACCGACGAACUCAUCAACCGCGUAACUACCGCAAGGACUACCCUGGGCGGCAGCAUCGCCAUCCCGAAUCACACGUGGGUGGGCUGGAAUGCCUUCGGCGUUCACACGGACACGCACGUGUGGGGGCCCACGGCUCGAGAAUUCAUCCCAGAGCGCUGGGGGACGGACGUCAAGACCAUCCAGACCCAGAUGCGCAUCAAGACGACGCAGUGCCACUUCAUUGCUUUCAAUGCCCAUUCGCGGAAGUGUCUGGGGCAGGGGUUUGCGCUGCUGCAAAUGAAGAUCUUGCUGUUUGAAUUGCUGCGCCGGGUGCGCUGGGACAUCGAUCCCACGUAUGAGCUGAAAUUGACUUCGGGAGGCAUUUUGGCGCCGCUUGGGCUUCGUGUCGUUCUUCGUGAGCAGACAUGUGUCUCUGGUGAAGGUCAACUUGACGAUGAUACAAGUUUGCAGAAUGGGGCAUUGAAGGGGGCUGCAGUGAUUGGUGAGGCA